CCACAUCGGCGGUCGAAUUCAGGGGACCGUUGGCCGGGGAUCUUCGCGGCGCCCAGCGGCUUCUUCGAGAUGUACACCGUGGUUUCAUGAUGCACGGAGGGAAACUUUCACGUUGGUCGCAGAGCCGAAAUUAACGACCUAUGGCACUGGAGGUUUGACCCUUUUUGACAAAAGGGGGGGGGGGGGGGGGGGGGGGUUGGUUCGGUAAGCUUUCUCGGUUCUGUGGGGUCUUGGAAGCACCUAGAACACCCGUUGACACUUUGAAGUGACGGUAGCACUAUAUGAACUGGCGGAGGCACUUUAAUCCGGACAUUUGCUCCAAAAUUCACUUUUUCCGACCGUAGGACAAACUAUCCUCUAUUUGUUCACCCGGUUUUCCCGAACACCUCUCGAAUCCUUCCACUUCGAAGAAAACAUGUGGUUCCUUCCUCAUCCCGGACUUUAAUGAUCUUCUCCAACUCUCAUCUUCUCCCUAUCUCCUCUUCCUCUCCAAAUCUUCUCCUCCGAAAUCCUCUUUGCUUCCUCCCGCUCCACUUUUUCUUUACUCUAAUCAUUCUCCUGGAUUUGGCGUUGUUACAUUUCAGUUUUGUUCUCUUUUCUAAGCAUUUUUGUGCAAGGGGCAUAUAGAAUAACAGAUUUGACAUUUUUUUGAAUAUCGCAGAGGUUCUCAAGUGUUUUUUUUUGGUUUAAGCUUGGUAUGCACCUGGAACGGAAAGCAGCCAAGUAAAAAAUCCUCUAAUUACCAAAGUAAUUUUGACAAUCGAGCUUGAGAGCAGAAACAGAAGAAGAAGAAGAAAAUAAUCGACGAAAUGUUUGUUUACAAACAAAUUCGGAUUAUUUUUUUUGGUUUCGUGUCGGCUUGCAUAGGAUCCUGCCAGAUCCUGCGGGCUAGCAAAUACAAAUACAACAGUAGCACCAGCAGCGCUGGCAGUAGUGGAAGUACCCUCAACAGUAGCACCGGAAGCAACAACGUCAAGCAUUGCUCGUCGUCGGAACCGUUUGCGUGGUCUGCUUCAAGCCGAUCCAGUUCUACGCCAGUGCGACCAUCUGUGUACUUCGAGUGUUUUACCCGGAUUCGGGUGCUGUGUCGGCAGAACGAUUGUCCCAUCUGUCGGCGGGAUUUGGCCAAGGUAAUCUCGAAGACGCUGGCCCCGUAUCGGGAGCUGGACGUGAAGAAUCAGUUUGAGUUGUACGAUAAGCAGUAUCGGACGGACGGAGAGGUGCAGCAGGCGUUUUUUGAGCUACUGGACAAUAAGUGUCCCAGGUGCGACGAGAAGAACUUCUUCAAGCUCGACAUCCUGCAGGAGCAUGGCCAUCCACCGGCGGAUCGGCAAUCCGGACAUCGUCGGCCAUCGGGGCCAUCCGCUUUGCGAGUACUGCGACAAAUUGUUCCUGGACAAGGACGAACUGUUUCGGCAUCUGCGGAAGAUGCACUUAUUUUGCCACUUUUGCGAUGCCGAUGGGACCAACUACUUCUACGGUGACAAUGAAUCGAGCGAGCGAGCAGGAAUAGUUUACGGCGGUGUUCCGAUCGGAAAUAAUCUGCGGGCGCAUCGAGCUUCGGCCCACGGCAAGAGUAAGAAUAAGCUGACCAAUAAACAGACCAGGACUUUAGAGUUGGAGUUCAGUUACCGUCAUUCUGGUUCGGGACCUUUGGGAAGUGGCCCCGGCGGUGGUCGAAAUCGUGGUGGAGAAAAUAGCGAUCGCGGGGAUGGCGGUGGACACCGCGGAGGCUACGACACGCAGAGAGAUGUCGAUGCGAUUUGUCUCCGGUAGCUGUGUAGAAUCAGAAAUGAUCCGGGAUGGGAGGAAAUUUUGAAGAUCACACCGAUUGAUUCCUCUCUGCCACCGUGGACUGUCUGGAAGAGGCGGUAGCAAGACAUAUAUCCUGAGCACUACUUCAUCCCAUCCAAACUGGAAUCGUCUCCAGCCAAUGAGAUCCUAGUGAAAAACACCCUAUGGCCAAAGAUGCAGAAACUACGCGCUGGAGGAAGGAUGCGAUUUACAGCUGGUGAUCCAAGCAAAUGAGUGUCCACAGUAUGAUCAUUUAGUGCUGAUUGGACGCACGAUUCGGUCCAUGCUUCCGGAUCACAAAAUAGGAAGGUGAUUUUAUAGUGUAUAGGAAGGACUUAAAGCAGAUUUGCGGGGUGCUGGAUUGGAAAGGAGAAUUUGUGAUGGCAUUUGGAAGAAGUAAAGUAGAGGAUCCGGUAGUUUGAUCAAUGGUUUAUGAAAUAGAUAUGUAUUGUGUUUUGCAUUCAUACAUUAACAAUACAAUAAAAUGUUAAACUAAUAAACUGUAAAAGUUCCAAUAUGUAGGAGUAAGAACUGAUCUGUUAUUACAGCUAGUUAAAAUAUAUAUUAAGUGUAAGUACGAGCAAAAAUGUUUUCUUAGACGUUGAUACAUCAUGAAUUUUCUUAGUGUUUUAGGGAUUCUUCCAGGAGUUUAUCCUGUCCUACUUUAAAGAGUUCCUUCUGGUAUUCAUCCAGGAGUUUUAAUGGGAUGCCAUAUAAACAGUAACUUCUGGAAGGAGUUCUUUUCGGGAUAACUUUAAAAAAUACUAAAGGGAUUUCUACAUCUAUGCAUUUUGGGAUUCCUAUGGAAAUUCUACUGAAAAUCUUAAUGAUCCUGGAAAGAAUCAUUUCUGGAAUUCAUUCAGUCGUCAUUCGUCGUCAACCUCAGCAUGGUCUAGCUGAACAUACCGCUUUGGCUAUUGAAGCCCUUCUUCCAGGAGCUCUUGAGAUUCAUUCUUCCCUGAAAUUCCUCCAAAAGUUUCUCGGGAAUUUUCGAGGAGUUUCCGGGAAUGCCUCCAGGAGUUUCACAGGAAUUCCUUCAGGAUUUUCCCGGAAUAAGCCUCCAGAAGUUCUCCGAGAAUUCCUCAAAAAGUUCCUCGGAAUUUCC